AUGGUUGACUGUUAUUUUUUUUCUAUUAUGAGUCUGACUGCCAGUUUUAUUGUUCCGACGAGGAAUUAUCUCCUGCCGACAAAAAGGUAUCUCGUGCGGACCACGAGUUGUCUCGUGCCGAAUACAAGCUACCUGCUGCCGACUCAGAGUUAUCUCGUGCGGACAACGAGCUGUCUCGUGCCGAAUGCAAGCUACCUGCUGCCGACUCAGAGUUAUCUCGUGCGGACCACGAGUUGUCUCGUGCCGAAUACAAGCUACCUGCUGCCGACUCACCACGAGUUGUCUCGUGCCGAAUACACGACCUGCUUCAGAGUUGUCUCGUGCCGAAUGCAAGCUACCUGCUGCCGACUCAGAGUUAUCUCGUGCGGACAACGAGUUGUCUCGUGCCGAAUACCUGCUGCCGACCAGACUCACAACGAGUUGUCUCGUGCCGAAUGCAAGCUACCUGCUGCCGACUCAGAGUUAUCUCGUGCGGACAAAGAGUUGUCUCGUGCCGAAUACAAGUUACCUUCUCUGACUACGAGUUAUCUCGUUGUUAGCAUUUUCUGA